AUGUGUUUAAAUUCAACCAUGAGAGAAUUGUUAGCUGGAAGUUUAUUUUCCAAACUCCUAGUUGAAGUAUUAAAAUGGAAAGCUUUCUUAAUGAACUUUAUUCUCAAAAGUUUUGAAGCACAGCAGAUUAGACAUAAAUUUUCUCAAUAUUACAUUCUAUCUUAUCAACUUAGUGAAGUUCUGAAAAAGAAUUCAUAG